CACAAUUCUUCCUCUUCCUUCUGAAAUCGCAGACUGCGUGGCGUCGCGCCAUUUUAAACGGUAAAAAGAACCUGCCAAAAAGUACACAUUGCAAAAGUCGAAAAAUCGCGAGAAUUUAGUGAUUUUGCUUGGAAAGGAUGUUUAAUGCACGUGACGUGGGUCCUGUGGGCAACGAUGAGCAGCAAUUGGAUCGCAAUUUCAAGCAAAUGGAGGAGCAUUUGGCCUUCAUGCUGGAUUGCAACGAAAACGAAGCCCCGACGCAGGCCACUUGGGACAUCGAGGAGUCGGACGAAGAUGGUGCCAGCUGCUCGUCCAGCGUGCUGUCCGAAAUGCAAGAGAACUUCGGUAGACUCCGGUUGUAUGACAUCUCAGCACCGCGCCUCGAAUUCCACGGCCUGGGUUGCAUGCAACAGCUGCAGAAGCGUUCGCGUCAAUUCGGAUUUGGAGGUGCUCCGGCCAAGAAAUCGCGGGCUGGAGCAGUUACAGCCUUCGUAUUGGUCCCCGGGCCAAAGCAGGAGCAGCUGCAGAAGGAGAACGUGUGGAACCAAGAGGGCACGUCCGCGGUGCAGCCCAUAACUAUGGAGAAACUGCGUUUGAUUGGUCUGCGCGGCGAUUGCCUAGAGCACAACGCCGUGCUGCGUUUGAUGAAUCUGUUCAGAUCCUUGCAUGAUCACCUAACCGCCGACUUGGGCUUCUCGCGCCAAAAUUCCAUGCCCUCGGAUUACCUGUUCGAUAUGCCGGUCAAGAGCAUGAUGCCCAAGAGCCUGAAUGUGCGCUACCAACUGCAGGUGCUGUGCACCAAAGUGGAGCGCUUCCUUGGUCAGCAGCGGCGCACCCUGGAGACCAAUCGCCACUUUGAUUUCGAGAAGUACGACGAGUGUGACAAGUUGCUAAAGGGUUCUGCAUCCUAUUUGAACACCUUCAAGCAGUUUCUAAACAUCGAAAUGCGCCAUCGAAACGGAAACUUUGCGAGCAGCUCCGCUAAGUUCAAUGCGCAGCGACUGGAGAGUUUGCUGAUUGGUCUGCGCGAGUGGCUCAAGGCUGCGCAUCUCAGUGUGCACGUGUUUAACUGGGAAAUGGAUCUGGAGCAUCGCUAUUCCGCGGCCAUGACCGAAAGCCAUAAGUCAUUGACCGAGAGAGCCAUCCUGUUGGCCGGUGCCGAACAGAGGUCGGCAAAACCACGUGGGAUCAGUUUGGAGGAGCUGUUCAUCGCCAAGAGAUAUAAUCUGGAUGGCGCGGUCUGUUGCGCCCUGGAGCAGGAUGAGUUCCUCACCGCUCUGCUCGCCAGUCCGGAAACCUAUUUCCCGCCAAGCGUGGUCGCCAUUUGCGGGCCACACAAGUUUGGCGCAGUGAACAUGCAGGAGCAGUCAGAGUCGGAGGAGGAGAUGGAGGAGUUUGAGGAAGCGCCAUCAUCGCCGCCUCGUUACAUCGGACGUGUGCCUCGCUUCAGAAGCUAAACUGCAGCUGGUACUCGAUAAAAGAUUGGUUACAAAUGGGCAAUUUAAAAACUUUCCAUAUUCAUGGACAGCAUAUCUAUAAUUUAAAAGUGUAACAAACAUUCAAACGAAAUCGAUUUCGUACAUAUCUUGUAAUUUAUAUUUGUCCAUUUAAACGGACUACAUAUUUGUAUUCUU